CAGCCACCACAUGAGCGUGACGCACGAAACUGAAGUUGGUUGCGAGCAAACCGACCUGUCAAAUUCCUUUUCAUGUUUCCCGUUCAAUAAGAAACAGCAGCAAUUUUUUGUGAUUAAUAUCCAAAAUGGCCCCAAGAAAGAAUAAAGUCCAAAAGGAGGAAGUUCAAGUUUCGCUUGGACCACAAGUUCGUGAAGGCGAAAUCGUUUUUGGAGUUGCUCACAUUUAUGCCAGUUUCAACGACACGUUCGUCCAUGUCACCGAUUUGUCCGGCCGUGAAACCAUUGCCCGUGUCACUGGUGGUAUGAAAGUGAAAGCCGAUCGUGAUGAAGCUUCACCAUACGCUGCUAUGUUGGCUGCUCAAGAUGUAGCCGAAAAGUGCAAAACACUUGGCAUUACUGCUUUGCACAUUAAGCUCCGUGCUACCGGUGGUAACCGAACAAAGACACCAGGACCAGGAGCUCAAUCAGCAUUGCGCGCUUUGGCCCGUUCAUCAAUGAAGAUUGGUCGCAUCGAAGAUGUCACACCAGUCCCAUCAGAUUCUACACGCAGAAAGGGUGGUCGCCGUGGUCGUCGUCUUUAAGCCAAUUUAUUCAAAAUCGCAGCGAAUUGUUUUGCUGCUUCUUUUACUACCGUUUUCGCUUGCAUUCGAUUUAUAUCGAAGGUAAUGUCAUUGUGAACGACGCAAACCAAUUCAAAAAAACCAAUUUGAAUAAAUUCUAAUACAUCAAAA